AGGGUUUUGGUGGUUCAAAUGAGUUUUAGAGGACGUUUAUUACAGGAAAUUAUUUUGUAAACACUUCCCCUUUUUAGUUGUUCAAAACGUGUUGUUACUUUGGACAUUCGACCAACCGAGCAAACCAUGUCUGAGGUAUUGUAUGCUGAUGUUAAUUUCCAAAAAAAAGAAAAAGCUAAGAGAGAAGAUGAUGAUACAUCUUCCACUUGUAAGGACACCACAUACGCCGAGAUCAAUUUCAACAGAGAUGAUCAAAACCAGGCCACCAAUGCUGGUAAUGCUGCCUCCCAGCAGCAGGUGGGGUCAAAGGUCAUCCCAGGAGGUCGCAACCCAGUAAGAGUGGCUCUGGUGGUUCUCGGUGUUCUUCUGAUAGGUGCCGUCAUCACUCUUGUGGUUAUCUGUGAGUGGGACUGGAAGUGCUUAAUUAAUUUCAAAGAUUGUAGAAGCACAGGAAAUAGAUACAGUGUAAGUAUAGAUAUAGAGACAUGGCAUUACGGCAAAAAGGAUCCCCAAUAUGGCCCUGACUGGAAGUACUUUGGAGGAAAGUGCUACUACUUCUCCUCUGAUAUGAAGAACUGGCCAGAGAGUAGAGAUGCCUGCAUCUCCAGCGGAGGUCACCUGGUCAUCAUUGAGACUGAAGAGGAGCAGGAUUUCUUGAUAAAGGAACUUGGUGAAAAAAUAAAACUUGACAAUCAAGAAGACAAGUUCUGGAUUGGGCUGACUGACCUGAAGGAGGAGGGAACUUGGUUAUGGGUGGACAAUUCAAAACUCAAUCAGAAUAAAAGUUUCUGGUUAAAAGACGAGCCUGAUAACUGGAAAGGACCUGAUAAUAAACAGCAUGAUGGUGAAGACUGUGUUAGAAUGGGGGAACUUCAACCCAUCAGUAAAUGUUGGCUUGAUAAAUUUUGUUCAGCAAUUCAAAGGAGAAUAUGUGAGUCAAAUACCAGUAGAACAAUAUGCCAAAGUAAAACCUAAUAGUCCAAUAUUUCAAGUAGCAGUUGGUUUCUUUGUCUACGUUAGUGAUUAAAUAAGCAUCUAAAUACCCUUGUGCAAAAGAAAUGCUAACAUGCAUAAACAUGUUAUUGUGAUGGUGUUCAUAUACUGUAACAUAAGCUUUGGAGAUAAUGCCAACAUUUAUUGAUUCAAUUAAACAUCAAAAGGUA